AUGACUCGGCCCGACGACCUCCCAGGCGGUCGUGCGGCGAACCCCGACGGCCCCGCAGUCUCGCCCCGAGCCCCAACGCCCCUCGGCGGCCGUGGCCUGUGCUCCAACGGCCGCACGCCCACACGUCGACAACCUGGCGGCUGCAUCCCGAGCUCCGACGGCCACGUCACGUGCUCCGGCGGUCGCCUCUCGAGAUCCGACGGCCACGUCCCAAGCUCCGAUGGCCGCAUCUCGAGCUCCGGCGUCGCGUCUCAACGGCCGCAAGCUUGCCCAGCGGCCACGUGCUUGCUCAGUGGCCGCGAGCUCCGGCAACGAUGUGCCUUCCCGGCGGCGGGGCGAGCCAUCCCGAGCGUCGGCGUGAAGAUCUACAGCGUCUUCUUCAAGCUCUUCCUCCGCCACCGCCUCCAGUCGCUGGUCGCCACCGCCGCCGUGGGGGACCUCGACAACGCGGCCUUUGGGGUCUCCUACCGCCCCGACGAGGCCACCGCACCGCCCAACCCGGCCUUCUCCGCCUCCACCGACGGCGUCGCCUCCAAGGACCUCCACAUCGACCCCAACUCCUCGCUCUCCGUUCGUAUCUUCCUCCCCACGCCCCCACUGCCAUCCCUUUACGCACCUCCUCGCGCCACGCCGCAGAUUCGCGCCAGCCAAAGACCCCACUCGACGUCCCCGCGCGCCCGCCGGUGUGCCAUAUUGAGGUUCCACGGCGGCGGCUUCGUCACCGGGAGCAACACCGCGCGUGUCUACAGGAGGGUCGCCAAGCUCUGUGAUGCCAUUGUCAUCGCCGUGGGGUACAGGUUUGCGCCAGAGAGCCGAUACCCUAUCGCGUUCGAGGACGGGAUCAAGGUGCUCAAGUGGAUCGCCAAGCAGGCCAAUCUCGCCAAGAUGACCAAGGUCGGGGGUGGUGUCGACACCUUCGGUGCAUCCACUGUUGAGCCAUGGAUUGCUACACAUGGUGAUCCAGCUAGAUGUGUUCUACUUGGUGCAAGCUGUGGUGCAAAUAUUGCUGAUUAUGUCACUCGGAAGGUGGUCGAAGAUGGGAAACCAUUUGACCCAGUUAAGGUUGUUGCACAAGUUCUGAUGUAUCCCUUUUUCAUAGGGAGUGUUCCGACACACUCGGAAAUAAGGCUUGCGAACUCAUACUUCUAUGACAAGUCCACAUGUUUACUUGCUUGGAGAUUAUUUUUGUCAGAGAAAGAGUUCAACCUAGACCACCCUGCUGCCAACCCUCUGGCGCCUGGCAGAGGAGGCCCCCCACUGAAGUGCAUGCCGCCGACCUUGACAGUUAUUGCCGAGCAUGACUGGAUGAGGGAUCGAGCAAUCGCUUACUCUGAGGAACUCCGCAAGGUUAAUGUUCACUCGCCGGUUCUUGACUACAAGGAUACAGUUCACGAGUUUGCAACCCUGGAUGUGUUCCUAAAAACACCACAAGCACAUGCCUGUGCCAAGGAUAUUGCCAUAUGGAUGAAGAAAUAUAUCUCCCUCCGAGGGCACGAGUUCUCAUAUUAG